AUGUCGCCUUUGUUGAACGUGUUGGUGAGCGGCUUGGCCUUGGCUGGCUCCGCCGUUGCGACACGCCAUGAAGUCGACUCUCUCGUCGCGUCCCAGAUCCUGACGGAUCCCUAUGCCUAUGAUUUCCCUCGUCUGGGUGCUAAUGGCUCCUCCCUGUUCCCCAUGCGCCACUGCCAUGGGUUCAAGCUGGAGGAGGCCAGUGUCGAUGACCUCCAGGAGCGCUUGAGCAACGGUACUUUCACCAGUGUUCAAUUGUUGGAGUGCUACCUCAACCGUAUCGCCCAGACCCAGCCUUACCUGAAUGCCAUCCUGCAGCACAACCCUGAUGCGUUCACUAUUGCUCGGAAGCUGGAUGAUGAGCGUGCCAAGGGUAAGGUCCGUGGCCCUCUGCACGGUAUCCCUUUCAUUGUCAAGGACAACAUUGCCUCCAAGGAUCGUAUGGAGACCACUGCUGGUUGCUGGGCUCUGCUCGGUAGCGUCGUCCCCCGUGACUCCCACGUUGUCCACGGCAUGCGUAAGGCCGGUGCUCUGCUCUUGGGUAAGGGUGCCCUGAGUGAAUGGGCUGAUAUGCGCUCCAACAACUACUCUGAGGGUUUCAGUGCCCGCGGUGGCCAGUGCCGCAGUGCCUACAACUUCACCGUUAACCCCGGUGGUUCCAGCACCGGUCCCGGUGUUGCAGUUGGUGCUAACCUUGUCCCCAUUGCUCUCGGUACCGAGACCGAUGGCAGUGUCAUCAACCCUGCCCAGCGUAAUGCUAUCGUUGGUAUCAAGCCCACCGUCGGCCUGACCUCCCGUGAUGGUGUUAUCCCCGAGUCUCUGCACCAGGAUACCAUUGGUACCUUCGGUAAGACCGUCCGUGAUGCCGUCUACGCCCUGGAUGCUAUUUACGGUGUCGAUGCCCGCGACAACUACACUCUUGCCCAGGUUGGCAAGGUCCCCGCCAAGGGCUACACCCAGUUCCUGUCCAAGAAGGACGCUCUCAAGGGCGCUGUCUUCGGUCUGCCCUGGAAGUCCUUCUGGGCUCUUGGCGACGCUGUCCAGAUCGCUCAACUCGAGGAGCUCCUCGAUCUGAUCAAGGCCGCUGGCGCUACCAUCAUCAACGGCACCGAGCUCCCCCACUACAAGACCAUCGUUUCCCCCGAUGGCUGGAACUGGGAUUACGGUACCGAGCGUGGCUACCCCAACGAGUCUGAGUACUCCUACAUCAAGGUUGAUUUCUACAACAACCUGAAGACCUACCUUGCCGACCUGAAUAACACCGACAUCCGUUCCGUCGAGGAUCUUGUCCAGAACAACAUCGACAACUACGGCUCCGAGGGUGGUUACCCCAGCAUUCACCCUGCCUUCGGCUCCGGCCAGGACGGUCUCAUCGCCUCCAUGGAGAGCAAGGGUGUCAUGAACUCCACUUACUGGGAGGCUCUCGCUUUCUGCCAGCGCACCACCCGUGAGGAGGGUAUUGACGCCGCCCUGAAGUGGCAGAACGGUACUCUGGAUGGUCUUCUUGUGCCCCCUGAUGUCGCCCAGAGCAUUCAGAUCGCCGCCCAGGCUGGUUAUCCCGUCAUCACUGUGCCGGCCGGUACUGAGGAGGUGUCGGGCAUGCCUUACGGUCUUGCCAUCAUGAACACUGCCUUCUCCGAGCCCACCCUGAUCAAGUACGCCAGUGCCAUCGAGGAUCUCCAGAAGACCUCCGGCACCAAGUGGCAGCGCACUCUCCCCGAGUGGCGCGGCUACCUUGAGCGCAACUUGCCCGUGAUCAUGUAA